GGUGGCGAAGUCUGAGCAGGAGAGAUAGCCUUGGGUGUAUCGAUGAUGAAGUGGUGGAAGGAGUUGAAUAUGAGUCAUGGCGGCGUAGACUUUCUCGGGGGGCUUGUGGUCGGGUCGUCGAGAGAGGGCAUCCGCAACGCGGUUGCUUUUGCUGGGGGUAUGACAAAUGGUGAAUGUGAACUGGGCAAGGAAGUCUGGCCAGCGGGCUUGGAGUGGAGUGAUAUCUUUAUUGGAGAGGAUGGAGGAGACGAUGGUGUUGUCAGUGCGGAUGGUGAAGUAUUGUCCGUCGAGGUACGGGCGCCAGACUGUGAGGGCGUGAAUCACGRCGAGGAGUUCCUUCUCGUUGGAGGGGUAAUUCAUCUCCGCGGGAAGGAGCUUCUUGCUUGCGAAGGCGAUGGGGUAUUCGCCAGGUGGAGCCUCGGGGAUCGAGAGGACUUGGCGGAGGUGCUGAAGGUGGGACUCGAAGGUGGGGCUGAAGACAAGGAUGUCAUCAAGGUAGACGACGACACAGACUUCGAGGAGGUUGCGGAAGAUGUGGUUCAUGGUAGAUUGGAAGGUAGCGGGGGCAUUGGAAGUGAUGGAGAUGGUGUCUUCGGGGGUGAUGUGGUGGAAAAAGCGGGUGCGGGAGGUGCCGGGUGGGGGCUGGUGCUGGGGGUGGAGGAGUCGAUCGUGGUGRAGCAUGCGAGAGAGGAGGUCGGCAAGGGGCAUGUCGGGUUCGUGGGCGAGGGCGGUUGCAAGGUCCUUGUGGCAUACUCGUUUGAUGUGGGAGAUGAACGCAAAGUCGGGAAUGACAGUGUGGGGGAGGUGGUGGCGGAGGGAGCGAACCUAUUGGACGAAGCGGUCCGUGGGACUCGUUUGGCGGAGGUGGCAGAAUUGUUCAAGGUAGUCGUCAAUGGUUUUCUGGGGGCGGAAGGUGGCAGUGAGAAGGUUGGCCCAUUGGAGGAAGGUGUGACGUGGUCCUCCGGAGGCUCGGCGGUUGCUAACUUCAGCCAUCCACCAUUUGGCUUCAUUGUCGAGGAGGCGGGAGGUGGCAAUGGGGAGCCAGUGGGCAAGGGGCAUGUGGUGGAGGUGAAAAGAGUUCUGAAGUUGGGCGGUGUGCUGGAUGCGCCGGAUGAGGGAGGAGGUGGAGGGAACGGGACAGUGGUGGAGGUUGAAGGGUUGGUGGAUGUGGUGGUAGAGGUGGUAGGAGUGGAGGAGGUCAGCGGGGGGGUGUUGCUGGAGGCGGCUGUGGAGGAGGGAGUGGUUUGCGCUGUGGAGGAUGGAGUGGUUUGUGCUGUGGAGGAGGGAGUGGUUUGCGCGGUGGUGACGACCGUGAUGGAGGGGAUGGUCCCUUCGAUCGUAGUGACGCGGUCGCAUAUGGACGACAUGUUGGCCUUUAUGUCGUCGAGAGAGGCGGUGACGGAGGUUCGGAGGGUGUUGAGUGCGUGGAGGAUGGCGGAGUGGUCGGGGAUGGCGGUGUUUGCUGGUGGUUGUUCGUCUGUGAGGUUACGGGCGAUGCUAUCGACUGAGUCGGUGCGGAUGUCAGACAUGUUGAUGGAGGAUGCGGCCAUGUCGGGGCUAGAGGGGAUGGAGGACGUGGCCUGAACGGGUGUGGAGGAUGCAGCAGCAGCGGUGGUGGCGGCAGCAGCGGCGGCACGUUGGGAGUUCUUGGUUUGGCGUGGUGGCAUGUGGAGGUGGGGGGGGCAAUCCCUUAUUUAUUUAUCAAUAAAUUCAAAAAUAAAGAUAAUCGCCAAGA